AUGUCAGCAGCAGCAGAAAAAUGUCAAUUUCAUCCUCAGAAGAAGGUUAAGUUUCUGUGUGAGGAGUGCAAUAUAUUGGUGUGUGGUGAUUGUAUUACAUUACCUGUCCACAGAGGUCAUGCAUUUGUGAAAUCACCCAACUUACCUUCACAGCAGGUUGAAAAGUUAAAUGUUCAAUUUGAAUUUAACUCUGACAAAUCAAAGAUGUUGGCCAAAAAGAUAAAGUCACAUGAUGAAGUCACUAAGAGUAUCAUUAAGCUAUUCGAGACAUACCACAAGCAACUGAUAGUGGAGGAGCAUUGGCUGGUCAAACCAGUGCUGGAGAACAGACAAGAGUUUGUAACCAUUCUUGAGAAGUAUACCGCCCAGCCAAAGACACAGUACACCAUCUUCAAAGCUGUCGAAGAAUCGAUGAUGUCGAGCAAUGGCAGUGGCGAGUUUAAACCGAGUUUGGAAAUGAACAACGAAGUGACCGUAACCACCGAAAAGUACAAUCUUGUGAAUCUUACGGCCUCCAUGACCGAUAUGACCAUCGCUACUGCCAAUCCCGAUGGAACACCGGCUUCAGGUGAAAGCCCACAAAAAGAAACUGAAGAAAGAUAUAACCCUACCACUGGAAAGUGGGUGAGCAUAAGCGAUCCACACGAUAUUACGUUUCCAGAUGUACCCUUUGACAUUGUUGCUUUUAUUAAAUCUGAAACCAAAAGUAUGGAUGUCAACAGAAGAGUGGCCAGCAAAAUCAAUUUCCUUUUUUUGUACUUUAGUCUUCUAAAGAAACCAUUCUACCCGGACCCAAGCGAGAGACAGUUCAUCCUUUAUUUAAAGGAAGGAAGGUCUUCCUUGGAGUCAAGUGUUAUCGAUGUUCUAAAUACACACGACAUCAAUUACCUAGAUACAAAAUCUUUGUGUAAUCUACUUAGUAGUGUGUGUUCAACUCAAUCAUUGGAAUUCUUUUUCAAUAGUUGGCCAGAAUUAUCAACCCUCUCAAGUAAUGGUGGUGCUCCUACAUCGAAUAAACUUACUUCAAGAUGA